GCACCGCCGUGUUACGCAGCUUUUUGCCUUUUCGCUCUUUUCCGUCGGGAGCUUCUAAGGCUGCGGCGCCGCUUGGAUUGCGGCGAAGCUCCAUCCUUUUCAAUGGUGCAGCUUUCCCAAGCCCCUUUCCGUUGCCCAUCCUCACCUUCAGGCCGGUCGGAGGAGGGGGAGGAGAAGAGUAUGAAGGCAGCCAAGCAGCAGGUGACCCCGGCCGGGGACAACCAGCCCUCUGCCAGCCCGCUGCAGGCCGCGCUGAACUCGGCGGCCUCUCCUUCCCAGGCGUACGAGACCUACAUCGACAAUGGGCUCAUCUGCCUCAAACACAAGAUCAGGAAUAUCGAGAAGAAGAAGCUCAAACUAGAAGACUACAAAGAUCGACUGAAGAAGGGAGAGGCCCUCAAUCAAGACCAGUUGGAGGCAGUAGAGAAAUAUGAUGAAGUAGUACACAAUCUAGAAUUUGCCAAGGAGCUUCAGAAGACAUUUUCAGGUCUUAGCCAAGAUUUGCUGAAAGCACAGAAGAAGGCCCAGCGAAGAGAGAGUCUAUUGAAGCUUGAAGCAGAGAAGAAAAAACUGCGUACAAUUCUUCAAGUCCAGUAUGUUCUGCAGAACUUUACUCAAGAGCAUGUUCAGAAAGAUUUCAAAGGUGGUGUGAAUGGUGCAAUAUACUUGCCUUCUAAAGAACUAGACUACCUCAUAAGAUUUGCAAAACUGACGUGUCCAGAAAGAAAUGAGAGCUUGAGCGUUGAAGAUCAAAUGGAACAAUCAUCUCUUUACUUUUGGGACCUUCUAGAAGGCAGCGAGAAACCUGUGGUUGGAACAACAUAUAAACACAUGAAGGACUUGUUAUCCAAACUUCUAGACUCUGGUUACUUUGAAAGUAUUCCAACUCCUCGCACCACUGUGCCAGUAAAAGAAUUGGAAGAAGUACAUCGAAAAUCUGAGAGGACAAGACAGAUGUCAAAAGGAGAACCUAUCAAAGAAACAGAAUCCCUUGUGGAGCUUAUGAAGUCUGAAAUACAGCCACAGGAGUUUCUCAACAGGCGUUAUUUGCCUGAAGCAGAAUACUCUGUCAAGAAGAAGCCAGAAGAGCCCAAGUCUUGGGAAGCUGAGUGUGCUAGAAAGCAAGAACCUCCAAAAUCCUGGGAAAUGCUUGUUGAUAUUGAAGAGCAGGAGCAGAAGCAGAAAAAAGAGACAUUAAAGCCUUGGGAAUCUCGUGUUAGGCAGCAAGAAACAAAAAGGCCAGAUUCACCAAAGCAUUGGGAAGCUCAUGUUAAAGAAGAGGAACAGAAGCGUGAGCCUACAAAGUCUUGGGAGACCCGUGUUGAAGAAGAACAGAAGAAGCAAGAAGCUCCGAAGGCCUGGGUAGCACGCGUUCGAGAGGAACAGGAGUCCUCCAAACCUUGGAUAGCAAAGGUUAGGGAAGAGCAGGAUCAGAAGAAACAGGAAUCUCCUAAGCCAUGGGUAGCAAAAAUUAGGGAAGAUCAGGAACAGAGAAAACAAGAGUCCCCAAAACCUUGGGUAACAAAAGCUAAGGAAGAACCAGAGCAAAAACAGGAAUCUCCAAAACCUUGGGUAACCCAAACUAGGGAGGAACCAGAACAAAAGAAGCAAGAGCCUGUGAAAUCAUGGGAAGUGCAUGUUAGGGAAGAGCCAGAGCAGAAGAAGCAGAAGCCUGUGAAGGCUUGGGCUGCACAUGUUAGGGAGGAGCCAGAACAAAAGAAGCAGGAAACUCGAGAGGCUUGGGAAACAGCUGAGAGGCAACAGCAAGUGUCAUCACAGCAGUUACAGAAUCCUCCGAAGUCCUGGGGAGCUGCAAGUGUUGGGCCAAAGGAGCAGAUGGGGCCAAAGAAGUUUGAUAUGGAACCCAAAGAAAGGCGGGAGCGCAAACAGAAGAUUGAACAUGAGAUUAAAAGAGUGCCUAAACCUGUACAUCAGCCAGCUGCAGAAUUUUGCUCUACUUCAACUCUUCCAAAAGAUCCAGUACUGAGAAGGGAAAAGCUUCAGGAUUUGAUGACUCAGAUACAAGGGACUUAUAACUUCAUGCAAGAAUCCAUUCUGGAUUUUGAUAAAGCUUCACCAAGUGCCAUUGGUUCAUCUCAACCACCUUCAGUUACUCCAGCAAGUAGCCCUGUAGCUUCAAAAGAACAGAAACUGCCAAGUCAAAGUGAUCUUCUUCAACAGCCCCUGCGAGCUACUGAAUCAUCCGUGACGCUGCAUGGUUCUAAUACUUCCCUAGCAUCUGCUGAUCAGACACUUUCUGGCUCUGAAACUGAGGACUUGGUAACACCACAGACAGCACAGGCAUCAGCAUCGCUGUCUCAGGAGACUGACAAGUAUACUUCCCAGCCACUGUAUCAGACAAGUCCUCAUAUUUCUGAGCCACUGAUACCUAAAAAGAUUGAAAUUGCCCAGGCAACUGUUCCUCUCCCAAGUGAGCCACAGUCACCAUUGCCAACUUCAAGCACCUCUGUAACACCAGUACCACAAGGCCAAAGCUUUCAGUCUCCUCCAGCAAGUAGCAGUUCUGUCACAAUAACAGCAGCUCCCUUUCAAGCUAUGCAGACUGUAAGUAUGCGUACUCAUGAUUGAGAAGCAUGCUCAAACUUAAUCCUAAUACAGGGGAAGCUGGCUUCCCCUUGAUGUAAUAAGAAACUUGAUAGAUUAUUUUGAUGCUUCCUUGUUAAAAAUCUAGAUUAGAACUGUUUCCUCAAUGGCUGGAGUAUCUUAGUAUCCUUAAGGAACUAAGAGGUCAGAUAUUAAAUUGACCAGCUUCUACCUACUCACCAAGAUAGAGUUGACUGUAUUUGCACUGUUCUUAUGUGUGGAUGUCGAUGACUGUGGAGGAGAGAGAUGGAAUCCUUAUUGGUACCAUGAAGCUUUCUCAAGUUGAAGUCUGCCAUGCUGCUUUUUAAACUGUUUGCAUUAGCAGGAUAAAACUCAGUCCACUGGAAUCAUGGAGAACAUGUCCUUCAUAAAGAUCAAACUGUCUCCAUAUCCAUCCCUAAUGAGAUACCUGGAGUAGUCCACAGAUUGAGCAGUGCUUGUUGCAAAUGUAUGACCUGAAAAAUAGCAUCUCUCAUUGUGACUAAUGUCACAAACACUGCUAACACUGCUACUGUCCAGCAGUUUGGGAUGUAAGUUUUUUGAGGGACAUAGAGGAAAGGUCUCUAUUUAGGAAUUAAUGCUUCCUUCUCUGUACUUAGGCUUGUCUAUUCCUCUGAUCCCUUUUUCAGAAGAUGGUAGAAAUUUUCAGUUAACAUUCUUGCUCAAAAGCAAACUUAGGAAGUGAUUACCUGAAACUUUCCAAAGGCAUUUUCCGUUUCAACAAAUGCACCUGUGCACCCGUGCAGUUCUACAACUUUCUGGACAGUUAUGGUGGGGGGAUAGAAGUAGCUAAUAGCUUUUCAAAGCACAAGAACUUUAGGUACAGCUAAAACACCUUACAUCUUGGUUUGUUCUUUAGUAAAUCACUACCACAAUGUUCCUUUCUUGGCUUGCUGUAUUAGUAGAAAUGAUUCCAGUAGAACCUUUCCUAGAUGUACAGAAUGUUAAUGUAAUUAUACCACAAGUAGUGGUGGGAAGGUUGUUCUAAACUCAAUCUAUUAAAAUUAAGCUACUAUGUAAUUAUAUUAUUUAUACAAGUUA